ACUGGUUGAAUUUUGAAUGUUUUUUUAAAUGGGGACUUUGAAUGGUAACUUCAUACUGGAUCAGAUCCAGUGACACUAAGCACGUGUUUUUUGGUUUCAUUUAACAAAUCCGUUCCAAACAAACCGCAAAUUAUACAAACAUGGAUUUUGGUAUGGAAGUACAGCACUUAUGAAAAUUAAGCAAAACCCGCAAAGCCGCAAAGUGUCCAACAAAACAAAACAAAGCAGAAAUCGAAAUUUGUUUAUUGAAUUCCCACCAGCCAAUCGCCCGUCCAAUCAACUGGUAAAUAAAUCAAUUUCACGGAUUAAUUUUUUAGCUUUUUCAGCAACAGCGUCCCGUUAAACGCUUAAAUUAUUUAUAAGCCCACCAGAGAGGAAGUUUCCAGGGUGGCACGGGUGGCACGGGGCAGGAGAGCAGAGUUUGACAAUGGCUGCCUAACGGUGAGCACAAUGGCGGCGCUUUGGGCCUAAUUAGCCUCGUGGGCAGCAGCGCCGAGAAUAUUUUGGAAUUGAGAAUUCGGAUUUCGGGGAUUGUCCCCGCAUCCGUGACAAUGUUGGAACGCAUAAUUAGGCGAAAACCCGACUCGCUGCCUGCCACUUCAGAAUGGGGCACAAAUUGGACCUGGACCAUGGACUACGCCCACACCUCAGCAUUGUAUUUCCGUCAAGAAAUCCUGGAGUGUGCCUCAAAAGGCCUCGAAAAAAACCUAGAGGUGGUUUCGGAGUACGGAAAGUGCACUCCCCGGUGGCCUUUAAAAAAGCAGCCUGCGUACUCCCCCUCCAAAAGGACAACGACAGCCACAGCGACAGCGAGAGGAUGUGGACGUGGAUCAGGAUGAGGAUGAGAAUGCGGAGAGCCCCGUGGGCAGGCACACAGAAGCAAAAGCCGGAGUCACCACCUGCCGGAUGGCGCGUGGCUUACAGCCAGCAAUGAAAUGCUUCGGUGGCAGUCACUGGGUGGUGCACGGAAAGUGGGAGUGGGAGGUGGUGGCCAGGUGGGCAACUCGAUUACAAUUACGUGCGCUAAUUGCACUUUAAACGCGUCCGAGCUUGUCACGGCGACGUUUUAUCCAUCCAUCUGUUCGUCCGGCUGUCCAUCCGUCUGUCCGUCCGUCCGUCCGUCCGUCCGUUGCUUGUGUCCGCUCCCCGCACAAUCCUGUUCUUCGUGUUUAUGGCAUUUCCUUUGGCACCACUUACAACGACAUAAGUUUGCAAACAUGAUGUCCUUGGUGGAGCGCAUUAGACGAACUCCUCCCAUCCGACUCGACUCCCAACCGCAACCACAAGCACGACCACGAGCGAGCCCGUGACUAUUCCGGCACUCGCAUUGUAAUAGCCGGGCACUGUUGCUGCUACUUCCACUCGCUCUCGCUCUCGCAGUUGCCGUAAUUCAAAGUGGUGCUAAAUUUAGUAUAAUACACAUCCCGCACAGUGGGGCGUUUUGAUUCUCUCUCUCGCAAAUUCGAAAAUUAUUUUAUAAUAAUUACUAAAUUGCUAGAA